CCGCGGCGCCUCACCAACGCAUUUUUCCUCACCUCUUUAUUCCUUCCAAACGCCAAACACCCCCUUAUUUUCUUCUCUCCUCAAUUUUCUCUCUCAAUCUCCUCAAAUUUUCUUUCUCCCAUGGCUUCUCUCAGUCUCCUCUUCUUCCUCUUCCUUCAACUCCCACUUUCUCUCUCCUCAACCCUCUUCCUUCCUCUCACAAAAGACCCAUCAACAAACCAAUACUUGACCCGAAUCCAUCAUGGAUCAGCCCAACUACCCACUUCCCUCAUCAUAGAUCUCAACUCUCCAUUCCUAUGGCUUGAUUGUUCUUCAUCCCCUAAACCAAUCACAGCCGUCCAUUGUCGAUCCAUUCAGUGCACUUCCGCCGCACCAAAUCCCUGCCCUUCUUCACUUUCCUCAAAUCAACAAGCAUGUUCUGUCCUUUUACAAAAUCCCACUACUAAAGUCUCUGCAACAGGGGAGCUCGUUGAAACAACUGUUUCCUUCCAUGAUCAAAUCUCACCCGUUGAUUCCUUCCUCCUCUCUUGCGCUCCGUCGAUUUUACUCUCCGGUUUACCCUCGGGUGCGAAAGGGGUUUUCGGGCUGGGCCGGGUCCGAACAGGUGCUAUCUCUCAGAUUUCCCACUUUCUUGACCAUCCUAAGAGGUUCUCGCUUUGUUUGUCGUCGGAGAGCGGGAUGAUUUAUUCGAGUGAUGAUGAUAUCGAUGUGUUUAAAUCGAUGACUUACACUCCACUUUUGGAAAAUAAGGGCGAUGGUAGCUACAUUAUCACCCUCAAAGCCGUCCAAGUCCAGAAUAAGAAGCUACGGCUGGAAAAUGUUGAACCAAACAUGCUCUCGAGUUCGAUGAAAAUCAGCACAGUCGAUACAUAUUCGAGAAUGGAAACGAUGGUAUACCGGGAAUUUGUGACAGCCUUUGUAAAUGAGGCGGAGUCUUUGAACUUGAACAUGAAGAGGGUUUCAUCUCAAGGAGGAUUUGAGGUAUGUUACAGUGUUGUGGAAAGGUCUACAAUAGUGGUACCUGUGAUUGAUCUUGUUUUGCAGAGUGAGAUGGUGAAGUGGAGGAUUUAUGGGCAUAAUUCAAUGGUGAAAGUGAAUGAUGAAGUGAUGUGUUUAGGGUUUUUAGAUGGUGGAUUGGAUUUAGGAGAUGGAAUUUCAAUCAUUUUGGGGGCUCAUCAAUUAGAAGAUAAUUUGUUGGAAUUUGAUUUGGUUAGUUCAAUGCUUGGAUUUAGUUCUUCUUUGAUAAAAUCGAAAACUAGUUGCUCUUAUUUGAGUUCGUCUGCUAUGCAUAGAAGUGCCCAAGCCUAGCUACUGAGAUAUUUUGUAAAUUUUUUUUUUAAUUUUUGAAUUUUGGUGGGAGAGGAGUAAUUCUGAAGGAUGUAAGAUGUGGUCAGUGCCAAUUUUUGAAUUUUGACUACAUUUUUUAGGGGAUUUUUGACUCUAUUAUAGGAAUAUGCUUUUGGCAUAAUCUUCCUCGUUUGUAUAUGGGAAUGUUUUAUUAUGAAUAAUUUCUAUGGUAAGGAAAUAACUAAAUUUAAGUA